UGGCAAGCGCCAGUGUGCGGCAAUCAUACAUGCUAAUACAGGUCAAUUGUCAGAAACCAGAAGAUGUUCUCUGACCUGUCGUCCAGUCUGGUUUCCAUCAUAUUCCUGAUUCUGACACCAAUAUACAAAGUUCUCCACGGCCUUAUUUGGAGAAUUACUGGGGUACAGUCUGCAUGUGCAGCUACCAGCACGUGCUAUGGACGUGCCGUCCACGUGCAACACGUGCUUUGGAAAAGGAAAGUGUCUCAUGCGACGUCUUCAAAUACAAAUGAAUUCUGGACUACACACGAAAGAUUUGACCAUCCUCGAAUCCUCUUGGACCCAUCAGUAUCUCUGUAUAAUAUCACUUCCACAGAAGCUAUAUUUUUAAAGACGGACAAAGAUGUAGACAUCUACAGCUCUGACACCCAUCCUUUCAUGAAGUGGGCCCAGGCUGUCAAUGCUGAGAAGGUAUACACCAUUCCUGUGGAAGCCUUCCAUCGGCUGGCGGACGAGACGGGAGACCCUCAGGUCCCUGUCAUAUGGCUCUCUAGCACUGGACGCUGUGGCUCUACUCUUCUCAGCCAGGUAUUUGAGAAGGUCCCCGGAACAAUAGCCAUCGGAGAACCAGAGGCUCUAAUAUCUGUCACAACGUUAAGUAAACUUGAAACCUGCCCGGAAGAGGAAGUUCUCAAGCUGCUGCAGAGUGUCAUCAGACUGCAGUGUAAGACGCUGCCAGGAGCUCAAAGAAUUAUUAUGAAGGUCGCUUCAUUCACAUUCGCAGAGGUCAAGGUCAUAUGUGAGAUGUUUCCUGAAAUCAAGCACCUGUUUCUAUACAGAGAUAGUUUGCCAUACGCUGUCUCUGCCAAGGGGUUAACUCAGUCGGAAUUUCUCACAAAGUUAGCAAAGGUGGUGAUAGAUUCUGAUUUACUCGCGAGGUUCUUUCCAGGACUUCGACAGAGUCUGUACAAGAUGUUUUCACGGGUGGAUCGCUAUGACCAUGACCUUGAGGAUAUGGCGGUAAAAUUGUGUAUGAUAGGACACACGAUGAUAAUGACGUCAGCCCUCAUGACGAGAUACACAGAGUUUAGGAAGAGUGGGAUCCCGAUAUUUGCCGUUCAGUACGAAGAGCUUGUUAAGGAGAAGGAAGGAAUGGUUAGAGCCUUGUUCCAGAAAUUAAACGUACCAGAGAAACAUGUCUUGAAAGCUUUGGCUGCAUUUGAAGUCGACUCACAACGAGGCUCGUCAAUCAGCCGGAAGUCUACAGGAACACGUUUCCCCCUGACACCGCGAGAGUUGUCCGACGGUAAUAUCGUUCUCGAACGAUAUGGCUUCCCGAGAUUUGGCGAGAAGAUAGACUUACCUGGGCGUCUACAACCUGCUGUCUAUUAGACUUAGUACAAAAGAUAUUUCCUGCACCAAUAGCGCCUUUUAUAGAGCUUUCGAAAACACUCACAAGUUGAUCUUAACGCUGGGAGGAUAGAGAAUAUCACAGCAUUUGAGGGAGUGAGUUUUGGUCACGAACCAAUCACAAGCCCCAGGUGGAUCGACGAUGAUUAUUUUGCCACAAUAGUCACCUUUUCUUUAGAAAUAUUGCCAACACGCUGCCAGGUAACAUUGAAUAGUAUAAAUAUGUUUGGUUCUAAACUGACUUGGACUCCCAACAUGGAACAUAUUUACAAAGUGAUUGUAUUUUUCCUUUACGACACCUUAGGUAUUGUAAUAUCUUGAUAAUACAAUACUCGAUCUUUCUUUUAUAGAACCUAUAUUCAAAGUAUUUUAGUUUUUAAUGUCGACUGUCGGAAUGGGAACGAUUGUUUUUCUGAAGACCAUUCUACCUUGAUAAUACAAUACUCACUCUCUUUAGAAGAACCUUUAUUCAAAGCAUUUUAAAGUCUUUGAAGGGCAUUUAGAAGUGAUACACAUAAAAGGUGAAACAUUA